GGAAGGAUUAGACUCAGCACAGGUACAUUAGUCGGUGCCUUUGUAUACAUAUAUAUAUACAUUAAUCUGUCUGAGCUCUCUGGGGCCAACAGGGGCACCCGUCUGUGCAUCACACUCACACACAAUGUCGUCAGAAAACCUGGACUCGGACACUCAGGUGGACUACGAGGACGAAAAGCAGGACUCCCAGGAGAAGAAUGCAAACCCGGUGAAGGCGGAGGAGGCCAAGCUGAAGGCGAAGUAUCCCAGCCUGGGCCAGAAACCUGGAGGCUCAGACUUCCUCAUGAAGAGACUACAGAAAGGGCAAAAGUACUUCGACUCGGGCGACUACAACAUGGCCAAAGCCAAGAUGAAGAACAAGCAGCUUCCUGUGGCGGGGCCCGACAAGAACCUGGUGACAGGCGAUCACAUUCCCACGCCACAAGACCUGCCGCAGAGGAAGUCCUCCUUGGUGACCAGCAAGCUAGCCGGCUAGCCUUCAUCGUCUCAGAAGCACCCUCACUCCCUGGGGCUCCCGGCAAACGUCCUUCCUCCUCCUCUUCCUCCUCCUCCUCCUCCUCCUCGCCCAUGUUCCCAAUAUGUCCACCCCUCCCUUCUUCUUCUCCCUUCCCCCCCGUUUUCAUCCCCCAGGCACCACUUGGCUUUAACAUAUCGGGCAGAGUUGUAUAAGUUUGAAACUCCAUUUGCUUGUAUGUGGGUGGGGCGGGGGGGUGGGAGGGAAAGGAGGUUUAAGCGGCCCCCCCUCUCUUCUAGUGCGAGGUCGCCCGCCUUUUUCUGCCCUCUCACCACGCACAGCUCUGCCCCCCUCUGCGCACUCUUGCUCUACCGCCUCCCCCUCAUGUCUUGGUUUUCCGGUGUUUCCGAGAUGCAUCACAGUAGGUGUGUGUCAUUGGGCAAAAAGGGUUGGAUGGGGUGAGUUAAUGCACUUUGUAUUCUGUAUAGUAUGUUUGGGGUUUUUUUUGUUUUUUUGUUUGUUAUGCAUCUUGAAUGACACCAAAAUAAUGUGUGUAUAAGGGAGUUAGGAACCAUGAUCGCAGCGAGUUCUUCUGAUCUUUACGUUCCCUUAUCGACGCUGGUUGCAGG